CCUUCAUACCCUAGAGCUGGCCUUGGAUUUUAAUGGCUUUAAAGUUGAAUUCGUCUGCAUUGGAUAUGAAACUCUCUGUUUUUACGUAGAAUCCGGAUCUGUGGAUAACAUGCAUGCUGCGAUUGUGAGUUUUGCAAUAGCGAAGAACAGAGUGUUUGAAUAAUGGACAAGAAAAGUUUAGUAAAGAAGCCAAGCGAAAAGCGAAUACAGUAUCCAAUUGGAUCCGAAUAUUACUCAUUGUACGAGGAGAUAGGGCAAGGAGUUAGCGCCUUGGUUCAUCGCGCUCUUUGUAAUCCUCUCAAUGAGAUCGUUGCUAUCAAAAUCCUAGAUUUCGAGCGUGAUAAAUGUGAUCUGGACCGCGUCUCACGGGAAGCACAGAUAAUGGUCCUAGUUAACCAUCUCAAUGUUCUUAAAUCACACUGCUCCUUUGUAUGUGAUCAAAAUCUUUGGGUUGUCAUGCCGUACAUGGCUGGGGGUUCCUGUCUCCACAUACUGAAGGCUGCUCAUCCUGAUGGUCUCAGAGAGGUGGUUAUUGCAACAGUCUUACGUGAAGUGCUAAAGGGUUUGGAAUACCUUCAUGAUCAUGGCUACAUUCAUCGGGAUGUCAAAGCUGGAAAUAUUCUCAUUGAUUCACGUGGUGGAAUAAAGUUGGGAGAUUUUGGUGUAUCAGCCUACUUGUUUGAUUCAGGUGAUAGGCAGCGAAUACGGAACACAUUUGUUGGAACUCCCUGUUGGAUGGCACCGGAGGUCAUGGAGCAAUUGCAUGGUUAUGAUCGCAAAGCUGAUAUUUGGUCUUUUGGGAUAACUGCUCUAGAGCUUGCUCAUGGGCAUGCUCCUUUCUCAAAAUACCCUCCAAUGAAGGUGUUGCUAAUGACAUUGCAAAAUGCACCACCGGGCCUUGAUUAUGAGAGGGACAAGAAGUUCUCAAAGUCCUUUAGGCAAAUGAUUGCUAGUUGCUUGGUAAAAGAUCCUUCAAAAAGACCUUCAGCCAAAAAAUUGUUGAAGCAUCCUUUCUUUAAGCAAGCUAGGUCCAGUGAUUAUAUAUCAAGAACAUUGUUGGAAGGCUUGCCAGCUCUUGGUGAUCGCAUAAAAGAAUUGAAGAGAAAAGAAGAAGACAUGCUAGCGCAAAAGAAGAUACCAGAUGGGCAGAAAGAAGAAAUGUCACAGAAUGAAUAUAAACGUGGGAUUAGCAGCUGGAACUUCAAUCUUGAAGAUUUAAAGGCACAGGCUUCCCUGAUUCCAGAUGAGGAAAUUCUUGGUGAGAAUGACCAAGGUGGGAGUACAAAUUCACUCCCAGGACUUGACAACCAAGGAAACCGGCUUCAAAAUCAGUUAUCUUCUCUACAACUUCCAAAAUUUCAGCAUCAAUUCUCCUUUGGAAGUCAAAAUUCAGAUGCUACAGGAUUCGAAGAUGACAAUCCAUCUGCCCCUCCUUCGCCUGCCGACCGCACCAUGACUUAUAGCAAAGCUAAAAACGAGAAAUUUGAUGAUGAUUUAAGCAUCGCUAGUUCAAUUCAAGAUGCUCAAAUGUCACAAAAUUCUUCUCCAUGCUAUGAGGAGAUGAAUGUGGUGGGAAAAGGUGAACACGGGACUCAUGCAGGAGCAUUUGAAGGCAUUCCCAUAAAUUCUUGUCAAAGGGAUAAAAGUUCAUCACAAAAUAUUUCCAGUUGCAAUGUGGCUUUUCCUCAAACAUCAGAUGAUUUGCCAGCUGAAAUAUUCAUUAAACCCUCCAGAACUUCAGCCGGUAGCAGUGAAGAUUUUGAUGAGAAGACUAAGUAUCAGGUCGUUCAGCAGAGAGGACGAUUCAAAGUUACCUCUGAGAAUGUUGAUGUGGAAAAGGUGACUCCAGAACAUCUGGCUACUACUCAACCAUUACCACCUGAUGCUACACCAGCAAAUCUUUCUUCCCAGUCCAUAUUUCCACUACUGCAAAACGCUUUACAGGCAACUAUUACUGGAACAGAGAGCAUUCUUAGUGCAAUGAGGCAAGUGACCCGUGGUGACUCCACAGCUAACGGUUCAGUGGAUUUGGGAUGCAUUCCGUCAAAUUCAGUUGGAGUGGAGAAAUCACUGUUGGAGGCAGCUCUUGACAGGGAGAAGGAACUAAUUCGUGAAAAUAAUGAUUUACGGUUGAGGCUAUUGGUUGCUCAAGAAGAGCUUCAAAAAUAUAAAACAGAAAAUAAGAGCUCAAAGUGACGUAAACUUUCACGUAGUCUGCAUCAAAGUGAAGAAGAAAAUAGCUAUCUUUGUGACUGAGAUACCAUAGUUAACAGAUUUAAAUUCCAUAUGUACAGUUGGUUUGUUUCUAGGAAGCGGUAAGUUGUUUUUUCCCCUUGUUUUUGCUUAUUCUUGUUUGCUAGGCUGAUUCCUGUUAGAAUAAAAUACUUGGGGAUACUGAUUCAGAUUUUGAGUUAACACCACCUUUACAUGAA